AUGCUAAUUAAAUCUUGUAAUCAGAACGAUGAUAAUGACGAAAAUGAUGAUAGCAUAUCAGCGCCUCAAUUUAUCAUUACAUGCAGGGAAAAUAUAUUUGCUCACAAUGCAUUCCCAAAACUUACUUGUUUUUCACUUGUACAAUGCAGCUUUAGUACCGAAUACAAAAUAACUCCAGAAGAAAGAAGGACUAUUGCAUUGUCGUAUUUACCUGAGAAAACAGUGAAUAACAUAGAAAAUAUCUAUGGGAAUACGCCUUUGUAUGUAUCGUCUCAUUUGGGAUACUUAGACUUUGUAGAAUAUUUUAUAGUUAAAAGUCCUAAUCACAUUGAGGUUAAAGAUAAGGAAGGUAGAUCUCCAUUUUAUGUCGCAUGUGAAAAGGUUCACAUUGCAGUCGUUAGAUAUUUAAUGAAAUAUAAUCAAGACAUUAAUGCCGAAAACUUGGAUAAAACCACAGCAUUAAAUGGGAAUGAAAAAUUGGCGAAACUGUUAUUAUUUGGAAAAUAUAAUGUAGAUAUUUCUAAUAGAGAUACUUUUGGACUAACUGCUUUACAUUCAGCCUGCAAAAAUGGGCACACAGAAAUCGUUAAAGCAAUUCUGGAAUUUGAUAGUAAUGUCAAUGAAAAAGAUGAAAAUGGUAGCACACCACUGUUUCUUGCUUGUUUACAUGGUUGUUAUGAUACAGUUAAAUUCUUACUUGAUUUAAAUGGCAAAAAAUUUAAUAGUCGUGUAGAUACAACAAUAAAAGAUGAAAAGGGAUGUUCAGCUUUACAUGCAGCAUGUUUAAAUCCAGAUAUAGAGGUAGCUAAGUUAUUAAUCGAUGUUGGUAUGAAUAUUAAUGACACAACAAAUAGCGGUUCUACACCACUACAUAAUGCUUGUCAGCAAGGUCAUUAUGAAACAGUGAAAUUAUUAGUUGAUUUAAACGGUCAAGCGCUAAAUAGUCGUGUACAUACAACGGUUAAAGACGACAAAGGAUUGGCAGCUUUACAUUUAGCGUGUCAAAACGGACAUAAAGAGGUAAUUAAGUUAUUAAUCGAUGUUGGUAUGAAUAUUAAUGACACAACAAAUAGAGGUUCUACACCACUACUUAAGACUUGUCAGCGAGGUCAUUAUGAAACAGUGAAAUUCUUACUUGACUUAAAUCGCCAAGUAUUAAAUAGUCGUGUCGAUACUACCAUAAAAACAUUUUCGGAAGGUCAGGGUUACAUUUAG